AUUUAUCUUAUAUUGGACUUCUCUUCUCUCCCCUGGAAAACCGACCCCGACUUCAAAACCCUAGAUUUCUUCUGUACGCGGAUAGCUCCAUCGCUGAUUGGUUGAUCGAUCGCGCGAGUGUCGGAGAAUGUCGACUGCAUCAACAUCGGCGAGCUCUGUAUCGCUGCCGAGUGGUUCGAACCCGUCGGUUUCCGCACAAUUCACCUACUCCAAUGGUUCCUACUUUCCUGUGCCUUUCCACCUUCAACAGCCCUAUGGGGCGGCCGCGGCCGCUCCUCAACCGGCCCCGGCGGUGAAGCUUCCGUCUAUGUACCAGCCUCAGCCUCAGCUCCCUGGAGUCUACUCGCUCCCUCAGUAUCAGCAGAGUUUAUGUGGGCAGGCCCAGCAAUUAUUCCAAAGAGAUGCACAAACUAUCACACCAGAAGCUCUUGAAAGUGUAAAAGCUGCCCUUGCAAGCAGUGAAAUUGAGCACAAAGCAGAAACCAAAAAGAAGGCAGUGCCUCGCAAAGCUGCUGGACAUAGUUGGGAGGAUCCUACUCUUGCUGAAUGGCCAGAAAAUGAUUUUCGCCUUUUUUGUGGUGAUCUGGGGAAUGAAGUGAAUGAUGAUGUUCUUUCUAAAGCAUUUUCACGAUUUCCUUCAUUCAACAUGGCUAGGGUUGUGAGAGAUAAGCGCACUGGCAAGACCAAGGGUUAUGGAUUUGUAAGUUUUGCCAACCCUUCAGAUCUGGCUGCAGCAGUGAAAGAAAUGAAUGGUAAAUAUGUUGGAAAUCGUCCAAUCAAACUGCGCAAGAGUAACUGGAGAGAGAGGACAGAUCUUGACGCCUUGGAAAGACAGAAGAAUCAAACUCACAAGAAACCGAAGCUUCCAAAGAAGAGUAUCUUGCACAAGUAACAACCUUAAGAACCUGCUGGUGGUAACUAAGAUACAAAGAGAAACGAAGAUUGAGAGUCAUCUUCUCUUCCGAACUGCUAAAAGAUUGUGGAAGAUUGAGAGCUCCAGAUGAACUUGGGUGGAUGUCUUGUCUUGUCUGGUGUUCCCCGAGGACCGAUGUCUAUAGAUUUAUGUAUUUGUUUUUUCUUCAUUUUUAUCAACUGAUAUUUUAUCAUCUUUUUUUUUUUUUUACAAAUUUCAGUAUAUUGGAGGUUUAAAGGAUUAUGUUGUGCCCUGAUGAUGGAAGAGGGAGGAUCUUGUCUUCGGCUUUCAUUUUCA